UCAAUCACUACAGCUAAGUCACAGAUCUUCGUAUGCAACUCAACUUCUUCGCCUUCAUCUCCCUCACUCCGAACCAAAUUUAGGGUUUAAGCAGAGAUUUUUCCCCAAAUGGGCAAAGCUUCGGUGAUCAUAUACGUCACCGUCGCGGUGCUCCUGCUCUUCCUCAUCUCACAUUCUCCGAAGAAGAAGACUGGUCAUGACCAAUAUCACCUCCAUCACCGUCGCCUGAAACUCCGGUCUUCUUUCAACUUCAAGCCCAACAACCACAAGCCGGCGCCGUUCGAUCCGCUUGUUGCCGACAUCGAGCGCCGCCGUGAGGACAAGGAGUGGGAGCGGAAGUACUUCGAUGAUGCUCACCCUGAGUUUGCUUCUCAUGGUCAUGGUGACUCGGCACCUGGUCACGAGUCGCAGCCCGAGUGGGAGGACUUCAUGGAUGCAGAGGAUUACUUGAAUGACGAGGAUAAGUUCAAUGUCACCGGCAGGCUGAUUUUGUUGUUUCCAAAGAUUGAUGUGGAUCCAGUGGAUGGGUUUGUGACUGAAAGUGAGUUGACUGACUGGAACAUGCGGUCUUCCGAGAAGGAAGUCAUUCACAGGACUCAAAGAGAAAUGGAUGUUCAUGAUAAAAACAAGGAUGGAUUUGUAUCUUUCUAUGAAUACGAACCACCCUCUUGGGUCCGCAAUGCAGAUAAUAACACCUUUGGAAAUGACAUGGGGUGGUGGAAGGAGGAGCAUUUCAAUGCAUCAGAUGCAGAUGGUGAUGGUUUACUGAAUGUAACAGAGUUCAAUGACUUUCUGCAUCCGGCUGACACCAAGAACCCUAAGCUACUGAUGUGGUUGUGCAAGGAGGAAGUAAGAGAAAGAGAUUCAGAUAAAGAUGGAAAGAUUAGUUUCCAAGAGUUUUUCCACGGAAUCUUUGACACAGUGAGCAACUAUGAAGAAGAAAAUCAAAAUUCUUCACAUCCGCUUCAUGGCUUGCCUGAAGGUCCAGCAAAACAGCUGUUUGGUCAGCUUGACAAAAAUGGCGAUGGGUUCUUGUCGGAUGAUGAAUUGCUUCCUGUUAUUACUAAAAUCCAUCCUACUGAACGUUAUUACGCGAAACAACAGGCUGAUUAUAUUAUAUCGCAGGCGGAUUCAGACAAAGACGGGCGCCUAACAUUGGCAGAGAUGAUCGAGCAUCCCUAUGUCUUUUACAGUGCCAUCUUCAACGAGGAGGAUGAUGACGACGACGACUAUGGAUUCCACGACGAGUUUCGCUAGUUUCAUUUCGGAUACUCAAAAACAGAGAAGAUGUAAGAUCGGGUCUAUUCAUUCAAAUCCAAAAGAAAACUUCCCUGUACAAACCAGCACCGAAUUUUUCAAUGCAGCUUCCAUUUCCAGUAUGAUUCCCACGGGGAAGCAUAUCCCCCAAUCCCAUGGCGACAGGAACAGUGUUCAUGAUUCCAUUUUCUGGAUACAAAACAAAAAGUGUGUUUUUUUUUUCUUCUUUUUGUUUCUCCCUCGGAUAUCGGUUAUAUAUACACCUGCAAUGUUCAUGUACCAGACUCAAUUCAGUUUUAGUUUAUGAAGCAUUGCCCAGUUUCCAGGUGACA